AUGGAAUUGCAAUACGUCGACGAGGAGCGGAAGCGCGUGAACGAACUGAUGCUUCGGCUCGACUCGAUGCCCGUCGGCAAGAGUGGUACAGCCGCCGGCGGACACGGCGGUCCUGUGCAGCAUCUGCUGCAGCAGCGGUUUGCGCGACGAUUCGUGCCCAAACUGAUCGGCUCCGCCGGCGUUGCCGGGCUCGGGCCCGGCGGCAAGGGCUCUCUGGCCCACGCGACGACCGGGCAGCCAAGGAGCGGCCCGCUCCUGCGCUCCACCAACGGUCCGGCCAGUCGAGCCUCGCUCGCCGGCCUGACGGGCGAUCUCGAGACUGCCGAGUACUUGGCCAUGCACGGUACCUAUCCCCUCAAUCUCGGCCUCGUGAGCGAGCAUGCCACGCCGGGCUCGGCUUUCAGCCUCACCUCCACUGCCGCCGGCUUCGUGUCGGGCCUCUCGGCCGGCGCCGGUACCCUCCACCGGAUCGCCAUUCAGCUCAAUUUCACAGUCGGCGUAAGACGGAUUAAAAUUUAA